UUGAUACAUUCCCCUCCAUUCCCAUGUCUCAGAAUUUUUGACCCGCAAUGCGAAGCGCCAACCCUUCGCGCUCGAGACCCGCUCCGGGCUACGCAGUGGCGAGUGGCGGCAGCGUUAGCGUGUGUAAACUUCUUGCGGAUCCGCAUGGCUCGGCGCGGCUUUGCUUGGGGUGCGCGGUCAUCAUCCGACCAUCUGAUGCGUGGGGCUCGAUCAAGCCGGCCGCUUGGACCACCAAGACACGACCGACUGCAGGUCUGGUGAUCAAUUGCACCACACGGCGGGACGGUCAUAGUCCCGAGCGUUGUACACAGCUUCGUUGUCUGUUAUAGGCUAUGCGACGGUCUGCCGAGCGGCCACUUGCGAGGCGAACAGAUAUUCACAUGCUCCCAGCCCACACCGUGUGCAGUAAGCAAGCAUGGAACGAGUGAGCGAACCCGAAUUCAAUAUGAUCCGCAC